AUGGGAAAACCCAGACCACGCCAGAAAAAGUCCAAAUCUCGCGCAAAGUCCGUCCUCGGCCCUGGUGGCUCGGUCUCGAAGUCCAAAAUGUCCCAAGACCCUUCCACCCUCCUCGAUCAAGCGACAAUCCUCCUUCAAACAGGUCGCGCUGAUGAGGCACUGCCGACUGCCCAACAAGCGUUGGAUCUCGCAGCUGAAAAUGCCUCCGUCCAACUACAAGCGGUGAACCUACUCGGAGAAAUCAACGUCGAGCUAGGUGACAUUGAUACUGCCCGGGGAUGCUUCCUUCAUGCCGUUGAACUAGAUCCGAAUGGCUCAAUACCGGAUUCGGAGGGCGGCGGUGCCGAGAAGUUCCUUUGGCUUGCUCAAUUGAGUGAGCAGGGCGGAAAUGACAGUGUGAAGUGGUUUGAGAAGGGUGUUUCGUCCCUUCGACAGACCCUGCAAUCAUUGCAAGGGAAAACAGGCAAGGAGGAUCUAGCCACCAUUGAAGAGAAGAAGUCCAAGUUGUCGAAUGCACUGUGUGCUGUUGCCGAGAUCUAUAUGACCGAUCUUUCCUGGGAAGACGAGGCCGAGACGCGUUGUGAAGCACUUAUCACUGAGGCUCUGGCGGCCACGCCUGAAGCGCCCGAGGUCCUGCAGACGUUUGCAUCUAUCCGGAUAUCACAGCUGAAGACUAAGGAGGCUCAGGAUGCGUUGAAGCGAAGCAUUGUUCUGUGGAAGGACUUGGCCCCCGAGGAUCCGAAAGUCCCGGAAUUUGCCGUGCGAAUCAGUCUUGCACGACUCUUGAUGGAAGUCACGCUGGAAUUUGAGGCCCUGGAAGUCCUCGAGCGUCUGAUCCUUGAGGAUGACCAAAGUGUGGAGGCGUGGUAUCUCGGUGGCUGGUGUCUCUAUCUGCUGGCGGAAAAACAAGAAGCCCCCAAGGAUAUUACGGCCGACGAAGCUGAAACACCGCGUCACGCCUCCCUGGUCGCAAGUCGCGAAUGGCUCAAUCAAAGCUUGAAACUUUACGAUUUACUGGAAUAUGAAGAUGAGCGACUCCGUGACCACGCUCUGGAAUUGGUUCAGGGAAUGAACCAGGAAAUCGGGGAGGACAUGGAUGAUGAUAGCGAAGCUGAGGGCGACGGCGACGAGGACUGGGAUGAGGAAAUUGAGGCAGACUCUGACGAUGACCACGAAAUGGCCGAUUCAUAG